CUCUUACGCCUUUCCAUCUCCUUUUCUUUCCUUUCUCUUUCCUUUCUCCUUCUUCUCUUUCCUUUUUUUUUCUUCCCACCUCUCUUGUUUGUUCUUUUCACCAACAUUAAUUCGCAUCAGAAUUCUCUUUAUUCCCCAUUUUCGUUCUCUUUUUCUUCAGAGUUUUGUCAUAAAACAAAAUUAGGUGUUCAGAUUUUCGACAAAAAACGAAUAAUUAUGGUGUUUUUGAUCAAAUUCGACCAUUAAAAUUCCAAACAUAGAGUUUUCAUGGUCGAAUUUGACCAUAUGAACACAAAGAGGAUGAAUUAUUUGAUAAGAAUCUUUGAAUGGAUCCAAACAACCCAAAUUUCCGUCAACAAUUUUCGGGUUAUAGUGAUGAUUUCCUAACUAAUCCCGAGUUUCAAUUGUUCUUGCAAAGAAUGGGCAAUAUGUCGUCGCAACCACCUCCACUGCAUCAGACAUCCACUGAGGUUCCCCUACAAAACCUUGCGAAUGAAGAUCGUACACCUGAAACUGAUCUUGGUAGUAACACAAUGUUCGAUGAGAGCGAAGAGGAAAGCGUACCAGAGACGCCGCAGUAUCCUCCUCCACCAGUUCGCUUGUUGGAACCCAACCAGGUUCCUGCACGAGCUACCCGUGUUUGGUCUGUGGCGGAAGAUGAAGCUCUAAUUGGGUUGUACUUGCAGAUUAGCGAGGAUGCUAUUAAAAGUACAAGCCAAAAAGCAACUACCCUAUGGCGCAAUGUACACGAAGCAUACCAAACUUUGCAUACGCAGAAGCCGCAUAUAAUUCCGCCAAGGCCUAUUAAGAGUCUGACGUCGCAUUGGAGAAGGUUGGUAGCGGACACACUGCAAUGGAUAUCUUGCUAUGAUGAAGCAGGUAGACUUCCGGAGGGAGGGAGUGGUUACAAUGAAGCUGAUCGUAUGAAAAGUGCGGCGAAGCUUUUUCAUGUCGCCCAAGGUCGCAAUUUCACUUUUCCUCACGCGGUUGAAAUGCUUAACAAGGACCCAAAGUGGAGACCAAAGCUAAGAUGGUCAAUGUCCUUGAAGGAAAGAAAAGCCGCUUGUGAUGCUGAGGAAGAAGGUAGUGCUGGAAGUGGGAAGAGGUCCAGAGGUGAUGUAGAGGCGGAUACCCCUACAGAUGGUUUUUCAUCUGGCGGUUUACAGCGACCCGAGGGUGUCAAGAAGGCAAAGGCGAAGCGUAUAGGGAAAGCAGUACCAACAGAAAGUGGUUCGUCUGAGCUUAGCGAACGAAUGAAGGAAUUCGCUUUAGUUCGCGAGAGGGAAGCCAUACUGAAAGGAGAGAGGAUCAAAAUUGAAAAAGACAAGGAACAGAGGAAAAGGGAGGAACUUGACUUUCAUAAGAUGAAAACCUGGUUUGAUAUGUUGCAAGUUCUGAAGAAUUCUCCUACGCCACUCACAUCUGAAGAAGAGUCGUACAAGAAUUUUUUACUGGGUAAAUUACAAGGCCUUUAAGCAUGAUUGGUUGUAGUCUUUUAUUUGUUAAGCGUAAUUUAGUCUUUUAUUUUGAAGUUGUAUUAGUGGUGUGGUUGAUCUCAAUGUAAGAUGUACACUUGUAUUCUGAUUUUCCAAUAUUGAAUGACAAGUUGUUUAACAAGUUGAUUUAA